CUCACUUUGGCUUAGAUACAUACGCAGUAGAACACAUGGUUUAAAAUGAGUGAACUAAUCGCUGUAAACGCUGCAGCUAACGUAAAAAAAAAAAAUGAAGAAAAAAGUGCCAACAAACGACAGUUUGCUGACAAUAUUACCGAUCGCUUUAGUUAACUAGAUGUAGUCGUUGUGUAUAGUUCUUGUAGUUCUUCUCACCGUAAGUGAGUUUUUGACGGAAGUCAAUUUUAUAGUAUUUCACUUAUAGUGUUUUUUUGUUGCUUUAAUUUUUAGUAUAUAGUGUCUUGCUCUCCACUUACGCGAGAUUAAUAAAUAUGCAUUUGCUAUUUAAGCAUUGAGGGAAUGAAUGUACCUAUAUAUGUUUGUGCGUGUAAAACAUCAUCAAUAAUUUAUUAACUAAUGAGGCAAUUGAAUUAAGAUACUGAUAAAGGAAGGCGAUAAAAGUUUAAACGUCAUUUUUUGUUUUCUUUUCUAAAUAUUUAAAAAAAAUUAUAACAACAAACAAUGUUUAGCUUGCAAUAUUGCGUUAAUUUAACUGAUAAGAGCAUUAAGAUAAAAUGCUAAAACAAAAAUAUAUAUACAGAAUUGAAAGUGUGAAAAAACAAUAAAGAUUCUUAUGUCUAUUUAAUAAUUUUUAAUAAUUUGCAGUAAUUGUGUUUAACACCUUCCCAAAAUUCACGACGACGAACCACAACUUCAUUAAAAAAAGUGUAUUUAAAGACUAAAGAAAAAUUAAAGUAAAUGGCGAUGGCCGAAACAAGGGAAUCGCCCGGAAAGCAACAACAACAACAGCAGCAGCAGAAAAGCGGCCAAAAGCGUCAAUUGCGCGAGCGCAAGCAACGCAAACUCUAUUUGGAAGAAUGGGCGUUAGGUGAUGAUGAUUUGGAAGGUACGCGAGGUUUUAGUGUUGCCGAGAAACUUAAAUCAUCGAAAUUUGCCCAAACCGGGAUGGUCCGCGAAAUGAAUGGCUCCGACUUAACCGUAGCGUUCUUGCAACAAUAUGGUUUCAAUAUACCGCUAUUGUUUCGCGAGAAGACGGGCUUGGGUAUACGAAUGCCGGAUCCGAAUGAGUUUACAGUGAAUGAUGUACGUUUAUGUGUCGGGUCGCGGCGUAUACUGGACGUAAUGGAUGUGAAUACGCAAAAGAACCUGCAAAUGACGAUGAAAGAAUGGCAACAGUAUUAUGAUAGUCCGCAAAAGGAUCGUUUACUUAACGUAAUCUCAUUAGAAUUCUCUCAUACACGUUUGGAUACAUAUAUACAAAGUCCCGAUAUUGUAAGACAAAUUGAUUGGGUCGAUGUUGUUUGGCCGAAACGUUUGAAGGAUGCUCAAAAAGAAGGCACAAACAUUUUGGGUAACAUGAUGUACCCAAAAGUGCAAAAAUAUUGUUUAAUGUCGGUAAAGAAUUGCUACACCGAUUUUCAUAUCGAUUUCGGUGGUACUUCAGUUUGGUAUCAUAUACUCAAAGGUAGCAAAGUUUUUUGGCUUAUACCGCCUACCGAGAAAAAUUUGCAACUCUAUGAGAAAUGGGUGCUCUCUGGUAAACAAUCGGAUAUAUUUUUUGGUGAUACAGUGGAGAAGUGUGCACGAGUGUAUCUGACGGCGGGGAAUACGUUCUUUAUACCAACCGGUUGGAUUCAUGCUGUUUAUACACCGACAGAUUCCCUAGUAUUUGGCGGUAAUUUUUUGCAUUCCUUCGGCAUUGUUAAACAAUUGAAAACCGCUCUAGUUGAGGACGCAACUAAGGUGCCGCAAAAAUUUCGUUAUCCCUUCUUUACCGAAAUGUUAUGGUACGUUUUAGCCCGCUACGUUUACGUUUUGCUCGGUCAUUCGCAUUUGGAUAGCGAAACUUCGCUAAAUGAAAAUGAGAUAUGUUCACGCCCGCACAUACACUUAACUCAUUAUGAGUUGUUCGGUUUAAAAGAAAUUGUUAUGUAUUUGUACGAUUUACCCCCGCAUAAAAAAUGUGUUCCCGAAUUAGUUCGAGAUCCGGUGGCAUUAAUAAAAGACGUGCGCACAUUAGUCGAACGCCAUUGUAAAGAUAAGCCCGAGUUGGCGAUAACGGGAGAAUCAGUUUUAAAGCCGCCUGGCGAAAUGCAUCCGCAAUUUCAGUUAUACGAUCGGGUGCGGGUGAAACAAGAAAUCAAACAGGAAAUCGCUCGGAAAAAUGCAGAGAUUAUAAGAGAGCAGCAGCAAUUGGAAGCUGCGCAAGCCGCUGCAGCAGCCGUAUCUACUACGAAUUCUAGUCCGAACUCGGUGAUCCGCGAAACUAGUACAGUGACGACUAAUGAGAAUGGAAUAAUAAGUGCUAUCAAAAAGGAGCCAACUCAAAAUGGAACACCCCCCCAAACAGAACCGGUUACGUUUGUCUCACCGCCUGACAGUAUGAAAUAUCGUCCCCCCAAAAAAAUGCAUUUAGCUAAUGCUGUAGCCGCUGCUGCAAACAGCAACAAUACGGUUAGUGUAAUAGCUUCUUGCUCUUCGAAUAAUACGUCGGCACAAUCAAAUCAAAACUUGUCACCAAUACAAACACAAACACAAACUUCAGGCGGCAAUGUAAACCCAGCGAUAGAUAAUUGUCAUUCCCCGAUUGAGUCAUCCAAACUAUCGCCAAAUGUUACUGGAUUAGGGCAGCCGCGUAGGCGCCGCACACGAUGCAAAAAUUGUGCGGCUUGUCAACGUUCGGAUUGUGGUGAGUGCAGUUUUUGCUUGGAUAUGGUUAAAUUUGGCGGACCAGGACGAGCUAAACAGACAUGCAUGAUGCGUCAAUGUUUAUCGCCAAUGUUGCCGGUGACGGCUCAGUGCGUUUUCUGUCAUUUGGAUGGAUGGCGUCAAACUCCCGUUUCACCUCAAACGAAACAAUUGGCCUCAUUGGAUGGACCGUCAUCUCUAAUGGAAUGUUCGGUAUGCUAUGAAAUUGCCCAUCCAGACUGCGCUUUGUCGGCCUUGGAUGGUACUGAAGAUGCUGCCGAAGCUAAAGGAAUUGUCAAUGAAGAUUUACCUAACAGUUGGGAGUGUCCGAGCUGUUGUCGCUCCGGAAAGAAUAAUGAUUAUAAACCAAGACAUUUUCGCGCCCGUCAGAAAUCAUCAGAAGUAAGGCGUACUUCCGUAGGCGGAGCCAACAUUACCACGGGUGAACAUUCGGACUCGCAUCUACAUGCAAAUGUUAGCCAGUACAACGAUUUCGUUUUUACCAGUGAAUCAGAAAUGGAAGCAAGUGGCGCAAAUGUCACUAAUUGGAAGCACAACUUAAAACGACACUUGCCAGUUGAAGUGAAAACCGAACGCAGCUACGAUACACCGUCGCCGGGUAAUUUACCCACAGUAACAGAAAAAACAAAGCGACGAAAAAGCGAUGACGGUCUUAGUAUGUGCAGCAGUAUGCAAGAUAGCAUAGAUGCAAGUGCAUCGGUCGAUUGUACUACCGGUGGUAGCUGUGGACAAGUAGGUCGUAAGAAAAAUUCGAUACGGUCGCAAUUGGCUCAACAAAUGCUUAAUUCAUCGACGCGUGUGCUCAAAAAACCGCAAUAUGUGGUAAGACCGUCAGCUCAUAUGGGAUACAAUGGCAAUGGUACCACGCAUGCCACUACCAAUUUAGCUUUGGAUCCAACUUUAUUGAAAAUUAUAUUUCGCUACCUGCCUCAAGAAACUUUGGUGGCUUGUUGCUCUGUGUGCAAAGUGUGGUCAAACGUGUCCGUAGAUCCUGAUUUAUGGAAAACUAUGAAUUGCUCAGAAAUGAAGUUGUCAGCUUCCCUGCUGACUGCGAUUGUAAGAAGACAACCGGAACAUCUUAUUCUAGAUUGGACUCAGAUUGCUAAGCGUCAAUUGGCCUGGGUAAUUGCCCGUUUACCGGCUUUGAAGAAUCUCUCAUUGCAAAACUGCCCAAUACAAGCGGUACUUGCUUUACACACCUGCCUAUGUCCGCCGUUACAAAUAUUAGAUAUGAGUUUCGUUCGCGGUCUGAACGAUGCAGCUAUACGUGAUGUACUUUCACCACCAAAAGAUUCACGACCCGGUUUAACCGACUCAAAGACCCGUUUACGUGAUUUAAAGACAUUGAAAAUAGCCGGCACCGAUAUAUCGGAUGUGGCAUUGCGUUAUGUAACGCAAUUUCUGCCACAUCUAAUACACUUGGACGUGUCAUCUUGUCAGCGUAUCACUGAUGCCGGUGUAGCACAAAUUGGAACGUCGUCAACUGCCAUUGCCAAUCUAGUUGAAUUAAAUUUGAGUGCAUGCCGUUUAGUGUCCGAAUUAUCGCUGGAGCACUUGGCCAAAUGUGAGCAACUUAUAUGGCUUGACUUACGGCAUGUACCGCAAGUCUCAACGCAGGCCGUUAUUAAAUUUGCGGCUAAAUCAAAACACGAUCUAUGUGUUAAGGACAUUAAAUUGGUGGAAAAAAGACGUUUACCGCAAUCAAACUCACCGGGAGCUAGCAUCAGUUUAUCGUCAUCAUCGGCAACGCAUUGUUCAGCAGCUGGCUCAGUUAAUAACUGGAACGAUUAAAUCAAAACAAAUUACGAGUUGUUAUUGAACGAAAUAAGCCGUAGUAGACAAAUUAAAAAAAAAAAAAA